UUUGACCGAGAAGACGCCGAAACCAACAGUAAACGAGUCGCCAAUCAAAUAACCCGAUCAGACAACGGAGCGCGCGCGAGAGGAAAGAGCGUGUAUCUCAUAUGGAUUAACAGAAACGCGUUCGUAAUUUGGCUCUGGUCAUUGCACGAGCCACAGGACACGAGAAAUCACCGCCUGAUCGCGAUCUAUCAAAAAACACAACAAUCCAGCGCACCGAUCUGCCCUAAUAUAAACGAGAAGGACUAUGAUCAGAGGCAGUUUAGCGACCAAGAGGCCAUGCUGACGCUGUGACUCUGCAGGAACAGGCUCUUAAUAUGCCACAUCAGUCUUUGAGCAGGAGAGAGCACAGCUUCCCCCCACCACAGAGGAUCCGUCCUGCUGCACUGAUGACUCUGCUGAAAGAGAGAAAUGGGGUGGAUCAGCAUGGCUUUUUAUUUGCUGAACAUGCAAAGACAAUAAGAGCCAGAUGAUCAGAGCCAAAGACAAUCAAAGCCAGAGGCACACACAGCCCAAUGAAGCAGUUGUGCAACCUGUAGUGCCGCCGAGCUCCUUCCUGUGUUCUUCUUGUUCACUGCAGCACCCCCUAUAGAAACAUGUCUGCAGCGCAAACGCAAAAUGAUCGAGAGCAGCGUUGGGGUUGUCUGGAAUCUCUUGGCCUCAGCCAGAGGGAACUGGUCCUAGCGGAAGCACUGCAGAUGGAGUAUGACGCCCUUGCUCGCCACCGAGAGGACAAGGGUCCGGGCUGUACGCUACCCGCAGAAACCAGCAAGUCAUCCCCCUCAAGGAGUGAGCCUUCCUUGCCUAGACGUGUUCCCAGUCCUCCUUGGAAUAAUUUGCAACAGGUUGUGUCAGGAUCUGACCCCAUGCUCAGCCCUGUUCAGCCCGGGGUCUCGAACCUUUCACGUUCCUUUGGCGAAUCUCACAGCUAUAGUAAGGAACCUCGUUACAUCCUGGAUGAAUGGGAAAAUGACUUGGAGGGAACAUCGCAGUUGCUAACGAAGGGACUGUCGCCUCUAGAUGAACCUCCACCGGUACCGCCCAGAAAUCCCAUCCUCCAGAAUGAUCUGUUCAUUGUCCAUCGAAACUCUGCUCCGCGGGAUGUGAACAUGUUCACUCCUGAAGCGGAUCAGCCCAAGCUUUCAUCUGGAGACACUCUGAACUAUGAUAACCUUAAUGACUCUCUGAGCAAACAUAAUGGGGAUUUGCCAUCACCUCAAAGCCGAAGAGUAAAUGGGGACAAAUUAGGAAAGGCGUUAGCUCGCAGCAACACCCUUCCACCUCAGGUUCCCCCCCGCACCUAUCUUCCAGUGCAGAAGAGCACUAGAAGCCAGUGCAGAGUGUCAGUUGAUCCGGUGUCUCUGAGGUCUAGGCCUAAUGGCUUUGGCUAUGAGCUCUUUCAGGUAUCUGAAGAGAGGGAUGAGGAGGUGGCUGCCUUCUGUCAUGUUCUUGACUUGCUGCGAUCGGCAUGCCCAUACAAUGAUUGCUCGAAAAAUGCAGGCUUUGUGUGGAGCCCAUGUGUUGCACUGGAGGAACUGCAGCAGGGACUGGGGGUCAGCAUCAAGAUCACUGUUUACAGCAACCACUUCAGAGAGCCGCUGACUUUUUCUUGUGAUGGAUCCUCCACCAUAGACCUGCUGAUCUAUCAGACUCUCUGCUAUGCCCAUGAUGACUUGGAUAUGAUUGAUGUGGAUGACUACCUGCUGAAAAUCUGUGGUCAGGCAGAGUUCCUCAAAAACAAUCAGACUCUGGCAAGCUUCGAGUACAUCCAGCAGUGUUUGAAGUUCGACUGGGACAUUCGACUCGUUCUAACCAAAAGGAGUUCCGUCAACAUGGAGCUCAUUCGAACGAUGGAGGAUGAUGAGACUCCAUCCUCCAUGAACCACAGUAUUCUUUUGCAAGAGAGACCAAUCAAACAGACUGUGACCAGGGAGGCAUUGACUCUACUCCUGGACACCUUUCAUAAUGAGGCAGAGUCCUUCCUUUUAUCGGAGGUGGAGUUGCUGUUGCAUGUGGAGCGGUUAGUGCAGUCAGUGAAGGCCCUGUGCAGCUCUCUAGCAGCUGUUGAAACACCUGACAUCACUGCUGCCCUUAACCAGUUGCCAGCGUGCCCCUGCAGACUACAGCCUAAAGUGCAGAAGGAUGUCAGUGUCUUGGCAAAGAAAGAAAAUAAAGCGAAAAUAGUUGAGAAGUUGACUGCAGCCAUCUUGGAUCUUGUGGAGCUGUAUUGUAGCACUUUCAAUGCUAAUUUUCACACCAUGCCACACAGCAGCAGAGCCACAGCCCCCAUACAGGAAGCUGGAAUGGUCACCAACGUCCUUUCCUUUAGCGUGUACGCAGCUCAUCGCAUCCCCAUCACAUGGGCUGCCAGCUAUGAAAAUUUCUUCCUGUCUUGUUCUCUCACCCAUGGGGGGGUGGAGCUCUGUGCACCCCAGCACACCAGUAAACAGUCAGUCAGCAAAUAUCUGUUCCAUUUGGUGGUUUGGGACCAGAGAGUUUGCUUCCCUGUCCAGAUCAACCAGUUGCCAAGGGAGUCACAGCUGACCGUGACUAUAUACGCCACCCCUUUGCCACCUCCUGGCGGGGUGGAGGAGAAGAGCAAGCAGAAACGCAGUAUAGAAGCUCUUGGCUGGGUCACCAUGCCCCUAUUCAACUUUAGACAUGUUCUGACAUGUGGGAGGAAGCUUCUUGGUCUCUGGCCUUCAAAUACAGGCAGUGGAAAUGCUCGUUCCAGUACGCCCAACUUUAGCCAGCCAGACAGCGUCAUCCUCCAGGUGGACUUUCCCACUUCUUCAUUCGAAGUACGCUUCAGCACCCCUGCUCCUGCAGAGUUCAGUCCCCAGUAUGAGUUCUCCCGCCUGGACCAGGUCAGCCAGAGUCAGCUGCAUGAUGUCCUGCACAAGAAGUCUCUUUUCUGGUUGAGUCCAGAGGACAAGCGUCUGCUCUGGGAGAAGCGUUAUUUCUGCCACGUGGAGGCCGCUGGUCGACUGACACUGGUCCUGGCCAGCGCGCCCAGCUGGGAGUGGGCAUGUCUGCCUGACAUCUACGCCCUGCUUCGCCAGUGGGGAUGCAUGAACCACCUGGACGCCCUAGGCCUGCUGAAUGCCACGUUUCCAGAUCAGGAGUGCAGGCGCACAGCUGUACAGUGGAUGGACUCCAUCUCAGAUCCUGAGCUUUUGGACUUCCUUCCUCAGUUAGUGCAGGCUUUGAAGUAUGAGUGCUAUCUGGACAGUCACCUAGUGCGGUUUCUGCUGAGAAGGGCUAUCGGUGAUGUGCGCAUCGCUCACUACCUCUUCUGGUUGCUGAAAGAUACUCUUCAGGACUCUCAGUUCAGUGUGAGAUAUCAGUACCUGUUGGCUGCUCUGCUCUGCUGCUCUGGUCGUAGUUUGAGGGAGGAGUUUGAUCGGCAAUGCUGGGUGGUCAACAUUCUGGCUAAAGUGGCCCAGCGGGUCAGAGAUGCCUCGCCUUCAUCUAGACAGGCUAUUCUCCGUGAGGGUCUGGAGGAGGUCAGUCAGUUCUUCUCUAUGAACAGCAGCUGUCGACUUCCCCUCAACCCAGGUCUGCUCGUCAAGGGCAUCAACAUACAGUCUUGCUCCUACUUCAACUCGAAUGCAGUUCCUCUCAAGCUCUCCUUCCAGAACUUGGAUCCUCUGGGAGACAACAUCAGCGUCAUUUUUAAAUCUGGAGAUGAUCUGAGGCAGGACAUGCUGACUUUGCAGAUCAUCCGGAUCAUGAAUAAAAUCUGGAUCCAAGAGGGGCUGGACAUGAGGAUGGUCAUCUUCCGUUGCUUCUCUACCGGACGUGGCAAAGGCAUGGUCGAGAUGAUUCCCAAUGCAGAAACCCUGAGGAAGAUCCAGGUUGAACACGGAGUGACUGGUUCCUUCAAGGACCGGCCGCUGGCAGACUGGCUGCAGAAACACAACCCCAGUGAGGAAGAGUAUGAAAAGGCUGUGGAAAACUUUAUCUAUUCCUGUGCUGGUUGUUGUGUGGCCACUCACAUUCUGGGCAUCUGCGAUCGGCACAAUGACAACAUCAUGCUAAAAACCAGCGGACACAUGUUCCAUAUUGACUUCGGCAAGUUCCUGGGCCAUGCACAGAUGUUUGGUAACAUCAAACGGGACCGGGCUCCUUUUGUGUUUACGUCCGACAUGGCGUAUGUCAUCAAUGGAGGUGAUAAGCCAUCGAGCCGUUUCCAUGACUUUGUGGACUUGUGUUGUGAAGCCUACAAUCUCAUCAGGAAACAUGCACAUCUCUUUCUCAACCUGCUCGGCUUGAUGCUGUCCAGUGGUAUUCCAGAGUUGUCUGAUGUGGAUGAUUUAAAAUACGUUUAUGAUGCUCUACGACCACAUGAGUCUGAAGCAGAUGCCACCAUGCACUUCACCAGGCUAAUUGAGUCCAGUCUUGGGAGUAUGGCCACGAAGCUCAACUUCUUCAUUCACAACUUGGCACAAAUGAAGUUUGCAUCCUCUGAGGAGCGCCCCGUUUUGUCAUUUGCUCCACGUGUCUACACCCUGAAGACUGAUGGCCCAAUUCGCAGACUGUUUGUUUGCAGACACUUCAAAACUUACACCCCAAGCAAGGGUUACUCUUAUGUUGUAAAAGUAGACCGAGAAGGUCAACAGGGAGCAACAUUAGUCCAGAGGACCUUUGAGGAGUUCCAUGAACUUCACAGUAAACUACAGCUCAUUGUCCCUUCGUCAAAACUACCCAGCUUUCCCAGCCGCUUUGUGAUUGGUCGGUCUCGAGGGGAGGCCCUGGCAGACAGAAGGAAAGAGGCGCUAAAUGGAUAUGUUUGGCAUUUGAUCCAUGCUGCUCCAGAGGUGGCACAGUGUGAUCUCAUCUACACCUUCUUUCACCCUCUACCAAGAGACGAACGGAUAGGAAGUGUAGGAACUGUUGUAAAUGCACUCCAUAAUAAGCAAGCAGAUGUUUCUUGGGCUCCUGUGCCUGGUAAGGUGGCAGGUGAAGUGAAGCUCUCGAUUUUGUACAAGAGUGACAAGAUCUUCAUUAUGGUGAUGCACAUCAGAGGCUUGCAAGCUUUGCAGGAUGGAACAGAUCCUGAUCCCUACGUCAAACUGUACCUCCUCCCUGACCCUCAGAAAACCAGCAAGAGGAAGACCAAGGCAGCCCGUCGCACAUGCAACCCCACUUACAAUGAAAUGCUGGUCUAUGAUCGGAUACCACGCGGUGACUUGCAGCAGAGGACCAUUCACCUGCGAGUACUAAAUGAGGGAGCAUUUUGGGAGAACACCCUGUUGGGUGAAACCAUCAUCCACUUGAAAGACCUCACACCAGGCCAUCGCUGGGUGGACUGGCAUCAGCUGGGCACUAGAGGCUCCGACAUAAACCGCUAACGGAGAAUACCCGAGACUGGCAUGCGCUUGUGUGGAUGCCCAUUUUGUGUGCAUGUGUUUGUGUCUGUCUUUGCUUAUGGGUCAGGGAGUUGGAGAUGCCCAGCUGCUCAGAAGGCUGUUUCCCCCAGUGGGGGUGUUUUGUUGUUGAUUCUCCUACCCAGGAGACGCGUAGAUUUGGUGAUGGAGUGUCAUCACUUGAUACUGUUGUGGUGGGGUACCGUGCACCAUGUGAACCAGACCUUGUAUGAAAGAAUGCAGUUCUUGUUAACACUAUGGGACAAAGACCAUUUGUUGACACAAGGAUUGGCAGUGAUCAAGAAAUGACAUUUAAAGAUGAAACUUCCAUACACCAGAUUUAUGGGGUGAUAUCUGGAAAUCUGUUUAAAGUUUGCUGUCCACAUCUAUGAAAUUUUAAAGCCACAUUUUGUCUUCUUGAGAGUGCAAAUUUAAGUUAUUUUCUUUUAAAGAUGUUUCUCUAUUGCAGCUCAAUUUUUGAGCCAUGUUGUGUCUUGUGACAUUAGUUGUAUCGCUUUGUAUCAGAUUUUGCAAAGGUUUACCUAGAAAUUAAUAGUGUGGGGCUGCUUUUGUACUGUAAAGCUGGUAAGUUUGCUUGCCUGUGGCAGGAAUUUAUCUGAUCAGUGGAUAAAGGGAACAAUGCUUAAUAGUCUAUGGCCUCAAAAACAAAUUUGAAACUUGCUUAAUAUAAACACUGCAGUGGAAAUAACACAAACAGUUGUACAAUUAUUUUAAGAUUAUAGCUUGCUUCUUUACUUACCAAUAUAACUAUGAUUUUGAGGAGACUAAAGAAACAAAGAUUGAUGGUCUGAAUCUAGGCCAAAGUUGUACUUUAUCAUCAGCAGAGUGAAUGUAGAGCUACACUUAAAAAAAAAAAUCAUAAUAAUUUUAACAUUUACGCAUUUCAAUUUCAUAACAAAACUCCACCAAAUUGAAUUGAUUAGUCUUUAAUAAAAAAUAAAAAAAGUAAAUAAAAUAAAAAUUAUUCAUUUAUUAAUUUAAUUUUGUUCAAUAUUACACAGUUCAAUUUGAUGAAAUUUUGUUAUGGAAUUGAAAUGUGAAAAUCUUGAAAAUAGGUCUAAUAUAUAUAUAUAUAUAUAUAUAUAUAUAUAUAUAUAUAUAUAUAUAUAUAUAUAUAUAUAUAUAUAUAUUAGUGUAUAUAUUUUAGUGUAUGUACAAUGAUUGGGCACAUAAAAACAAAACCAUAAAUUUAAUGUACAGUAUAUUUACAACAGAGACAAACCCUGAGGAAUAAGGAUUGUUAAUUCCUUUUCUCAAAAACAAAGAAAGCAUAAACACCUACUGUAUGUUUCUUUCUGAAAUGAUGGCACACAGCUUUAUAUGCUGAGGAGGCUUUUGACGGAAAUUCAGGGCCAACAAUUUUGCCUGGUUGGUAUAUGCAUUAUAUCUACACAUGAAAAUUUCUUUUUUUAAAUAGUUGUUUUGCAUGCUGUGAAAUUUGUAACUGGAUAAAUAUUGCACUUUUGCAUUCUUUUGUCAUGUACAGUGACCUCAGGUUUUUCCAAGUUUUAUUGGUUAAUUAUUAUUAUUUUUUUGUUUUGGUCAAAAGGGAAUGAAAUUAAAGCUUAGGCUGUAGUUUUGCCGGUAUCUCCAUUGCUCCUUUUUUUACAAUAUGUAAAACUGCAUGCAAAGUAAGUGCUAAAUAUACCACUGUAGCUUCUCUUUUCCAUGAGAAACUUGUGCUGAAACACUUUGCAUUCCAAUUUGCUUUGCUUUGCACUCAGUUUGAUUUUGAGAAAGAUAUAUAAGGGGGAAAAAUUGUUUUUUAAAUUAUUUUAUUGAAAUCAUAUCUUGAUAAAUAAAUAACUUACAAGUCGAAAGUGCAACCCCUGUAUGUCAAGGUGCUGUAGCAAUCCAAUAGCCUUAAGCAAAUCUUGUCUGAUCACCCAUGAGUGAAAUUAGUCCAUAUUCUGUGGCUCUUUCUAACCAGACAAACCAGUUCCAUUUCAGACAUGUUAAAGGAGAAGUAGUGAACUUUAUUUAAAAUGAUGAAUGGUUAUGUGUGUGGUUUUUGCUUUUGUUUGGGCACUAUUGUGUGAAGUUUAACAUAAGAGAAAUUAUUGUACCAUUGCAUGCCAACCCAUGAGGGAAAGCCGAUUGUUUUCGAAAAGGUAUCUUUUUGUUGUGAAUGUGCAGAGUGUGGGUAAAGGUAUGAAACUUUUAUAACAUCUGUGACCCUUAUUUUAAUAACGAAAGGGAAUGUGAGAGCAAAAAAAAAAAAAAAUAGGAUUAGCACACUGAAAUGGCUGAGAAUUAAAUUUUUAUGUGAUUUAUGGAUAUAAAUGGGCUUUAUCCCACUUUUCAUUUUUCGACACAAGGUGUAAUGUGUUCUAAUUUCAAACCAUGUUUUAUAUAUAUAUAUAUAUAUAUAUAUAUAUAUAUAUGUAUAUGUAUAUAUACUUUAUUUGCACUUAAUAAAUGCACAGGAU